AUGAUAAGAAGCCUUGCGCGUACACCUUUGAAGGAGUCCUACACCUUUGAAGAAGUCCGAGUUCUAGGACUGGCAGAAGCUCAUGUUGGUAGUUUUGCAGGCAAUAUCAAAAUGUUGAAAUGUGUGGAUGGCGAUAAGCAUUCGAUGACUGUAAUGGAUCCGGGGAAUAAAUGCCACGCGCUCGGAAUAAAAGCCUACAGCUUAGAUCAAAUCAACUCUGUCAUGGAGCGGUUGAUGGACUGUGCCUAUGGCGCUGAUACGCCAAUGGAUAGAAUUGAUCCCGACCUUGCAUCUGCAGGAACUGUGUUUACUUCUCAAGUCAUCUUCAUUCUUGAACCCGGACUUCCUUGCUAUACUACUCGCACUGGAGAUAGUUAUUCCGCAAGCAUCGACCGGCAGCCAGUCAGGGUGGCAUCCCCACCUCCUUGCGACUCCGUUCCGACUCUCUUUCUUCUUCCAUCCAGAAAUGCCUCGGAUAGAAAUGAGGCGCGAGUGGCUGACAGAGAUCCGGAAUGGAAGAAGGAAGACUAG